AUGAAUAGAAGCAGCAGGGCAUUUCAGGUACCGAACAAGGUCAUUACUAAGGAGGACAUCACCCCCCUGUCCAGAUCGCACGUGAAGAAGACGGACCCUCGCGAGGUCACAGAUGGCGAUGACGGUCUCGCCAGUGCGGUCGAGGCCACGCCUAUCAUUAUCACCACUGCUCGUUCGAUAGAUACUGCCGGUUCAUUAUCUAAGAACUCCAUGGGAGACGAAGGCGCCCAGGAGACGGGCGUUGACCAAGACAACAACGGUGAUGACGGCGAUGACGACGACGAUCUAGAGAGCACGCUGGGCUAUAGUUCCGAGCCCGAUCCUCUCUUCUCACCAUGCCACCAGCCUUCCUUCACCAAUAACACAUUUGCCUACGGCGCGGACAAUGAGACUCCCCUGGAAGAGGACGAGAACAGAAAGGGUUUUCACACAGACAGCGAGAGCAGUCUUUUCCUGCCCCAGCUACAACAGUCAUUCUUCUUUGGCGCCGGCAACACGGACUUCUGGAAAGAGGUCAAUGGCACCGCCGAAGAGGCAAUCUGCCUGCAGGACACGAGGCAAAGGAAAAGUUCUCUCGUGGCUUUGCAUCCCGGCGAUGCUACCCCAGGUCCCGAUGAUACUUUGGGCAUCGAGGACUUUAUCAACGAUGACAUCAACGGCAAUGAGGCGGGCUCGUCUACAUCCGCCUCCUCUGUAUCCUCGUCACCUUGUCUUUUCGACAACUUGGACUACAACAUCAAGCUUUUGUGUUACAGGGACAACGAGGGCAAGUUCACGUUGAAAAAGAGAAAGUUCUUGAAAACCUCUCUACGUUCGUCCUCUACCAUCUCCAAGAAGUGGAAGCCUGUGUCCAAGAGAGACAAGCUGUUGAAGAGAGCCAUUAGAAGAAAGAGCGGUGUUUGCGAGACGUUAUCAACAGGUUUUGGUAUCGGGGAAUUCAUGUUAUAG